AUGCAUACGACGACGCUUCUUCUAGUUUUAAGUCUCACAUCAACGUUUCUGUUCUAUGUUUUUAGAACACCUAAGUUGAGACGCAAUGGAGAGCCAUUAAGACGGCCUCCAAAUACACUUCCACUCGUUGGAAAUGGGAUCCUCUUCUUGCAGGACCGCCACAAAUUGUUUUCAUGGUUUGUGAAAUGUGAAAAACUAUUUGGAUCCGAGACCUUCCAAAUCUCAGUACCAUCUUUACCUCCUGGAGUUGUGAUCAAUGAUCCCAAAAAUCUCGAAUAUGUGUUCAAGAACGAAGGCAUAUUCACCAAAGGCGACUUUUUCAAAAGAAGAUCUUGGGAUCUCUUUGGAAAUGGUAUCAUCAAUGCAGAUGGUGACCUCUGGAAGGUGCAGCGGAAAGCGGGAUUGAACUUCCUCAGCAAUACCAACUUGAAGGUUCUGACAGAUGUGGCAUUGCCUCAGUACCUGGACGAUACUAUCCAAGACCUUCAGAAAAAGGAUCCAGAAUCAGUUUUUGAUCUAGAAGAAGUGCUCCACGAGCUCACAACCCAGAUCAUGGGACAGAUGGCAUAUAACUUGGAUAUUCAUAAUUCCGAUCCAUUCUCCAAGUCAUUUGACUAUGCUUCGGGAGCAACCGGCAAGAGGUUUCAGAACCCACUUUGGCAGAUCACAGAGAUUUUCUUUGGUGAAGAGUUUCGAGAUUCUGUUGCAAGAGUGAAAGCAUUUGGUUCCAUGCUUGUUGCAAAUGCUGUCGAAGCCAGAAAGACCGAAAAUGUGGUGGAGAAAAAAACGUCGUUUGGCCAAAUGUCAGGGUCUUUGAUUAAUUCCCUUCUGGAUACAAUUGAUGACCAUCAAAUGGUCGCAGAUGCUGCUCUAAACUAUCUUUCCGCUGGUCGCGACACUACUGCUCAAGCGCUCACCUGGACAUUCUAUCUUCUCAUGCGAAAUCCGGACAAAACACAAGCUGCCCGAUUAGAAGUAUCUGACUAUGUCGGGCCUUCUUCUGGGAGAUUCGACACAUCUAAGCUUCACCCAACGGCUCUACCAUACAUAGCAGCUAUCUUCUACGAAGCGUUGCGUCUGUUUCCGCCGGUCCCUUUCGAACUCAAGCAAUGCGGGAAAGCGGUCACACUACCCGAUGGAACUUUCUUACCGAAAGACGCAGUACUGUUAUGGUGCACGUGGGCAAUGAAUAGAUCAAAGGCUAUCUGGGGUGAUGAUGCUGAUGAUUUCAAACCUGAGAGGUGGCUUGAGAAUGGAAGCUUGAUUUCGAAGACCGCUUUCGAGUAUCCAGUCUUCAAUGGAGGUCCGCGGACUUGCUUGGGCAAGAAAAUGGCUGAAUUAGUAGCGGUACAGGUCAUAGCUACCCUGGUUCUGAAAUUCGACUUCAACCCUAUCGAUGGCAAGGAGCGUGUGAGCAAGAACAGCCUGACUUUACCCAUGGAGGGUGGUCUGCCAUGUCGUGUGAAGUCACGAUGCUGA